AGAUAGUAAACUGAGAGUUCAAAAUCAAUCAAAAAAAAUAAUUGUUUAUAAUUAUGAUAAGAGUAACUCUAAAUUUCUUACUUCUGCUUUGUUUUCCAUUAUUUGCAAUUGCAGAGGAUUUUGUCUUUAGACAACCUCGAUGCAUGUAUGUAGCCGAUCCAGGUCCUUGUACGGAUUGGGUUAAGGUCUGGGGUUAUGAUUACAUGACAAAUCGAUGCAUUUACUAUCAUUACGGCGGAUGUGGCGGAAAUCCGAAUCGUUUCUAUACUAAGGAAGAAUGCAUUGAAGUUUGUCGUGUAAAGAAAUACAAACGGAAACGCGUAAAACGAGAGGUUAACAAUCAGAUUGAUAAUAGAAUUGAUGGUGACGGGAAAGCGGAUGAUAUGAUAUACGUGGAUACUGAGCAGGAAGAAGAUGAGGAUUACUAUGAACGCGAUAUUGACGAUUGGAAGAACUUGGAUAAAUAUCAUUUUGACUUUUAAAUGAAGUUUAGAGAGUAUUAAAUAUUUGACUUGAAAAUGUUUUCAAAUAUGCCACUUUA